UCAGCAGAUUGUGUGUGUGUGUGUGUGUGUGUGUGUGUGUGUGUGUGUUAGUCAGACCAGUACCACGAGUCCCAGCAGGGACUGAAUAUAAUGCUGACCAGAGUCCCGCUGCUGCUGUGAUGAGCUGACGCUACGGACAGCUAUGGGAGACUGGGCAUACUUGUCCUCGCUGCUGGACAAGGUCCAGUCCCACUCCACUGUGGUGGGGAAGAUCUGGAUGAGUGUCCUCUUCAUGUUCAGGAUCUUUGUUCUGGGGGCAGCUGCUGAUAAAGUCUGGGGAGACGAGCAGUCCGAGUUCUACUGCGACACCAAAGAACCAGGAUGUACGAACGCCUGCUACAACUGGCUGUUCCCGAUAUCCUACGCCCACUACUGGGUCCUCCAAAUCACCACCGUGUCCACGCCCACCCUGGUGUACCUGGGCUACGCUGUUCACACCAUCCACAGGGAGAAAAGAAAGAUGGAGCGCCUAAAGGACGAAGCGAUGAUGAAGAAAAGCAAGUACACGGAUGACAGAGGGAAGGUGAAGAUCAAAGGAGUCCUCCUAGGUGCGUACAUGAUGCAGCUGCUGUGCACCAUCCUGCUGGAGGUCGGCUUCGCUGUGGGCCAGUUCUUCAUCUUUGGUUCCAUAUCCGUACAUUUUAAUUUUCACUGUAAGGUGGAUCCUUGCUCCACUGCUGCUGGUGCUGAAUGUUUCAACUCGCGGGCCACCGAGAAGAACAUCUUCAUCUUUUUCAUGUUUGGAGUUUCCGGUGUUUCUGUGCUUCUGAACAUUCUUGAGAUCAUUUACCUGCUCUGUAAGAAGAGCAGGGCAGCCAGGAAUCGCUUCCUGGUCCAGGAGCUGGAGCUCCGGUCACAGCACCCCCCUACCUGGGAAGCCAUCAGCUCCCAGUAUGGAGGCUUCCCACCAUCAGCACUACCUUCUAGAAGAGAUGAUGGAAAACACAGCGACGCCGCCAGUAAAGACAAGGUCAUCUGAUGCAGCUGCUUUAGUCAGUCAGAAGCUGAACAGCUGAUCUGAGGAUUCUUUCUACAUCCCCUCAUCUGGACACGCCCACUAUUGAAUCCAUCCAAUCAGGCGGGAUUUCUUGUUCUUCAUUGGUCUAGUUUGUGUUGAAAGUAGAACGUGUUCCGAGAAAAAGGUUCAAGAGUAAACUUCUUUAGUGGCUGUAAAUGUUGCCACAAUUAAACUUGUUUCAAAUCACGGU